GUAGUUAGUUUGCGCGGUUUAUAGAGGGCGAUAACGAGGCCCGAACUACAAAUCCCAGUUAUCAGUGAGAGAAAAGCCAGGGACCAGGGUCUGAGCGGGGAGACAGGAGGAGGUGGCGGGGAUCCGGCCUGAGGCCAGGCUCUCGUCUCCCGCUUCGUCUCGGAGGAUGGAGGACAACUUCCUGUUCCUCGACUCUCUGGGGAAUUAUUCGGCCGCCCCGGAGGGUCUGGUGAAGAAUGAAUCUGUGAGGGGAUUGGUUGGUUCAGGUCCAAAGACGAAGCGAGAAGUAACUGAGAAACGAGACACUCGAGGGUACGAGGUGCUCAGGUCUGGCUAUUCCAGUGCUUCCCCGGACAUUAUAGUGAAAAUCGAACCGGAGGAUGAACCCUGUGUGUGGGAACCCAAGCUGAACGGAGAGACGGGACUGGCUAGCGAGACCAACACGAUUCUACAGCAUCAGGUGGACGGCGAUGACCUUCAGCUGGAGGACCCUUUGCAGGCGCAGCAGGCCGAGCGAGAGCGCCAGCGCAACAUCCGCUUCUCCGAAGAGGAGAACGACGUCCUGGUCAAUAGCAUUAUGCCGCAUUACGACAGACUGUUCGGCAAACUGGCGGCACGCAACUCGACGGCCAUGAAGAACGCUCUGUGGAGAGAGAUUGUGUCCGCCGUAAAUGCUGUUUCUGCCUACCCCAGGUCAGUGCAAAACUGUAAGAAAAGAUACGCAGAUAUUAAGAGGAAAGUAAAAGACAAACUCAGCAAAAUUGCAAAACAUCGAAGGGCGACAGGUGGGGGAGCCCCUUUAAACAUCUCUUUUUGGCCUUACGAGCGCGUGAUGGAGAAGAUGAUUUCAGCUGACAUUGUCGCUGGUGUUCCUGGAGCUACUGAUUCCGGGAGGAUGAUGGAUCAGUACUUUGCAGGAGGACCAUCGGAUCAUUACAUGACUGAUCUUCAUGAUAGCCAAGAGCUCGCCGAUGACGAUGAGACGGGUGAAGGUGAGGACCUCCAAAUGGUCGGUCACGAUGACACUAAUGACCUGGAGUAUGCAGAAGACAACCUUCCUGAAAAUGAAGAUGCAAGAUCAAUAUUUCAAGAGGAAGCUUUAAGGGAGACAGGACCGGAAACAUGUAGGCCGAUUACUUCCCAAGAGCAAAUGUCUCAUGUCAGACGACAAACCCUGAGGGAUCACACUACUUUGAUUUACGCCGAGCAGAGUCAUUUCAGGCGGACGAUGGCCAAGAAGCUGGAUAUCCUGAAUAAUAACGUUAAAGCGUUAAACAGAAAUGUCAAGGCUUUUCAGAGGUCGUUCAACCAAAGCAUAGCAGCUCUGUCUCAGACCAUGCAGCAGCAGAACAGUAUCUUCGAGAAGCUGUCCUCCAAUCUGUUGCUUCUUGCAGAGCAGCAGAAAGAGCACAACCAACAGUGCAUGAGCAGCACGCAGCGCCUCCUGCGCAGUCUACAGUCUUCCAAGGAGUCUUCCGCUAGUGACAGUCUCAGCGAGACCUCACCGGCACUCACCACAGAGGGUUUGGACCCGUUCAACCCACCAGCACGAAGAGCUCGUAGACGCUGGAGGAGAAGCCGGAGAGGCGUCAGGCCUCAAGAUUCAUCAGAGCAAAUGUCCAAAAAAAGCCGCCACUGACAAUGUUUUAGCUACAUACUGUUAUUAAAGCACUGACUGGUUUAGUUUUGAUACUUUUGGGGGAAAUUUUUUUACCAUUCCAGGAUGAAGCUGGCUCUGUGGGGUCACUGGGUCCAUGCGCUUUUGUAUCUUCACUGUGGUCCUGUUCCUUGGGUGAGAACCAUGGGUUCCUUCCCUGCUGCCGGUUGUUCAUAGUUGGUGCAUUACUGGUAAGCUCUGGCCUCUUUGCAUCGUUGGUACAUGCAAGUCCCCCACUUUCCAAGGUUUUCGGGAUUUGCUCUAGCAUCGCUGUGGGGGCACCGCUCUGAGGUACAUUCACCCGGACCCCUCAUCGCUAUGAAAUGUCCAGCUGGACGAUGACAAAGUGACAUUUCAUCAGCGCCAUAUUUCUCUGAAGCUUUUUUGGCCUCACAGCACUGAUGCUGCCUUAAUGCCUCUUCUCCAAUGAAUGGCGCUGUUUCCCCCGGGAAGACCCCCUUUUGUUUCAUUCUGUCGAAUAACUCAUCCCUGAUUCGUUUGUUUUCAUUUUGUUUCCACUCUCUGUUUCCAGAAUUUCUUUCCCUGCCCGAUUCUCCGUUCUUUUUAUAGUCCUGUGCUAUACUGUGUGAGUAUUAAGCAAUACAGUCCCGUUUUCCUGACCA